AUGAGCUGCGUUCUGCUCCUGGCGCUGAUCGCCUUCGUCACCGCCCAGCCCACUACAACAGGUGUUCAAAGUUCUCCUUCAGGAUCUGGAGGGCAAGCACUAUUACAAUAUUUGCUCUAUAAUGAGAAAAACGAGAAACAAAACGAACGACUUGAUAGGGAUCGGUGUCUGGUUGAAUGGCAAGCUCUGGAAAAAGAAGUUCAUUGCAGCCGAUGUCAUACCGGUCGUGGCGUGCCGGGAGGGGGAAAGGGUGGCGAACGCGCGGGUGUGGAAGGUGCUGGGCGGCGGCCGUGUGGCAGCGCGGGCGCGUGUGGAGCCACCGUAAAGCGAGUACCGCAGUCCACGCUAGGCCUGCCGCCGCUAACAACCAUCGAGCUCGCGUUCUGCGUCCUGGCGCUGAUGCGGCCUUCGUCACCGCCCAGCCCACUACAAGCAGGUGACAGAGUGUUCAAAGUUCUCCCUUCAGGAUCUGAGGGCAAGAUGACGCCAAGAGAAGGAGUGCCCGGAGCCCAGUGUCCGACGUUCGUGGUGUUCACGGCACCUGACGGCUGCAGCAGCUGCUCCUGCUCCGUGGACGCGCGCCUCACCGACUGCACUCGCAGCACUUGCUCCGACCCAGGCAACUAUACGAUCAACGAGUGCGUGGAGAACGCGCUGUCUACCGAGUGCAUUUCGACCAUGAUUCUGCCAAGGGUUCAUCUGUCUACAUCUCCUCAUGUUUUAUGUUCGACAGGGAACUACACGAUAAACGAGUGUGUGGAGAACGCCCUGUACGCGGGCAACGACGGCUGCAACAGCUGCCAGUGCAACGCGUUCCGCAGUUUCUCCUGGUGCACGCGCAAGAUCUGUCUGCUGUCGGAUGCUUCCUCGCCGCAGCCUCUCCUGACGGCCACGCAGUCUCCGCGUUCGUCUUCCCCCUCUCAGGCGCCGCCAUUUACCCAUGCCUCGCCGCUACGCCCGUCGCGCCCGCCGUCCCGUCAUGCCGCCUCUCCUACCUUCACUUCCAUCACCGACUUCGCGCUCCGGGCCGCCUCGGGCGCGCCCCCGCAACCCCCUAGGAGGAGGGGCUGGACGCGCCGGCCGGCAGGCUCCAGCACCACGCGGGAGGGUCUUACUGCUUCCAGUCGCGGCCGCGAUUAG